AUAAGAAUUGACUGGCGGUGUCAGGUCUUCUCUCAAGUUGCCCUUGUCUGAUCCCCCUUAGCAUUCAGUCGCGGCUGUCUUCGCCAUGGCCAUGGAUAUUCCAAACGGUGAACGUAACAUAUUGGAUUGGGAUGAAGACCAUGUCCACCGAUGGCUUUCAAGUCUUGGUUUUGCGCAGUAUGAAGCUCAGAUCAAAGAGCACAAUAUAUCUGGUGAUGUCCUUUGCAUGCUAGAUGCGGAGGAUCUCAAGGCAAUCGGGAUAAGCACAGUGGGUCAGAGAUUGGCCAUCCUUAAAGCCGUCUAUCAGGCUAAGCUCGCCCACCAUGUGCCUGUCGAAGCCGACCACUACAUUCCUCCUUCCGAAGUGCAGGAACGCAAUGUAACGGUGGAGAAACUACACGACCUCGUCAGGGAACAAGCACAAAAAGUUCAUUCACUUGAGGAAGACAACAAACGUCUGAACGAAAGGUUUCAACUGCUUGUCGAAGAGAUCAGCCAUACUCCACUGAAGCGACAGCCCUCUUUCAAGUGGGCUCAGUAUGUCAACCCUACCAAGUCACCAACCAAACCCGACGCUGAAUCUCCCCAUCCUUCACCCCAACAAGUGGAACCUGAUAUUUCUCAUAGUCGCGGGAUCCAACAAAAUUCAUCCCACAAGCAUCCACCAGCACCUGUAGAAUCACCUGUACAGCCGUCACCUUCGUCAUCAUCGAGACCAAGCCGGCAAGACAGCACCGACAAUCUCAAGAGUUUCAAGGUCAGUCUAGAGGACCCGACGUGGAAAGUGCUUCCCGCUGCCCUCAAGAAGUACAAGAUCAACAACGAUCAUUGGCAGAAUUAUGCCAUGUUCAUAUGUUACGGCUCCCCUGGAAACCGCAUCGAGCGGUGUCUCAGUUACGAUGAAAAGCCUCUUCUACUCUUCCAAAAGCUCAAAGACGCGAAGAAAAACCCUGUUUUCAUGCUCAAGCACAUCAAAGACAUCCGUUCUCCUAUCGCUGUUGCACAGCAAAAACACGCGUUGCGCAAGGCGUCCGUUGCAUCGGAGUCAUCAUCUGGCCAAUCGAACAAUAAGUCUUCAUCAUCAGGACAGGGCAGAGCAGCCACACGGCCACCGAGGUUGGAAGUUAACGACAUCACACCUCCUGCACCCCUGUUAACAGGCACAACACCACAAGCUGGAUGGCCAGAGGUUAUGUCGCCAGUACUGGAGAAGCAAGAACAGGAAGUUGUGAAUAACCGAGACACAUGUUCAACUUCGACGACACUCGUUGGCCAUACGAGCACCAUAGAGGUUCCAAAAACAAGGAGCACGAGCACCGCUGAUGCAGACACAGCAAGGAGGGAGAUGCCUCCACCAAUGUCUGGAGUAUCAUACGCGGUUGCAAUAUACCCGUAUAUGGCUGAGCAGGAAGAUGAGUUUGACGUGGUUGUUGGUGAUACAUUCGUCAUUUUAUCGCGCGCACGAGGGUGGUGGGUGGUGCAACGGGACCCGACAGGUUCGGGUGUGGUCGACACCGACACCUCAAAGCAGGGCUGGGUACCUGCAGGUUGCCUGCUUGAGACCAAUGUCCCGGUUGCAUCUGCUAUUGCAGAGGCUACCGCACUUUCGAAGGCAGCAGGAUCCUCCGAAUUGCCAUUAGCAGCUGAUUCUAAGACGCCCAUCCUCCCCUUGAGCAUCAUAUCGACGAGUUUCCCAGGAAUAGCUCUUAUGGACUACAAGAAGAAAGGGGAAGAGGAGUUGGAUCUAGUGAAAGAUGAUGCGCUAAGGGUGUUCAAGAAAUACAAUCACUGGUCAUAUGCUGUCAAAGAAGAUGGUGGUGAUCGAGGAUGGGUACCUUCAUGGUUCAUUGGCAAAGUGCCUACCCCUGGCACGGUGCCACCAACGCCAAGUACGAGCUCCGCCCCCGCACUUAGCAGUGGACCUUCCGUCUCCCUCGACACUGAAGGUGCGAACCAAAAUCAGGUUUCACCAAUGUCCUCUGCCUUCCCUGUGCAACAUAGAAGUGGUGUCAUAUAAUGUCCCUACCACAAACUGACAAUGACUUCUCAUGUACAUUAUUCCAUCCUUCACUACUGAUAUUUUCUCAUUCUUGGUUCCUUAUUGGGGUGCUUUGUGGUUGAUCUGAUCGUGAUGCUUUUUUUCUUUGGUUCGUUCGUCCGCGACGCUCUUCAUCAUUUUUAAUACCUACACAUACUUACAUAUAACGCAUGGUCAUACUUUGUCGCCCUCUUAUCUGCCAAUGACGCAAUCAUAUCUAGCAAUCGAUUGA